UUGGUUCACUUUUUCUACAUUUCUCCCACUGGACAGGCAAACAAACACAAUAGAUAAGCAAUAAAUUUAUAUUCUUUCCUUUCGGCCCAACUUUUAAGCCAGGUAAUCGCAACAUUACCGAAGAACCACCAUUCAUCCGUUGGUGCGCCAAAAUCGAAGGUAUCCGUACCAAAUCAGAACGAAUUUUCAAGAUCUUUCAAUAUGUUGCCAACCAAUCUGAGCCUACCGAUCUUUUUCCGACUGGCGGUCCGCCAGGCCACGUGCCGAAAGACAGGACGAGUCGCCUAUUCGACACGACGCAUCCAGGGCAUGGAGGACCCCAACAGGACCGAAGAGAACCUUCGGCGUGACGAACCCAAUCCGGAGUACCACCGUGCUCCGCGGUGCUAUGUGAAGAGCUUCCAGAAGCACCAGGAUCAGGUUCACACCGACGACGGGGUGCGAACCAUUCGCUUCAAUAAUCCGCGCUACCGAUGGGCGGAUUUUCGGCGACGAAUGGUUUACGGGACCUACGAUAUCUAGACGGUUUCCGUUGAUGCUUCUUAUGACGUACAAACGUCCAUUUCAAAAUGGACUCCAGUUUGGAUGGCCUCCAUUCGGAAAUGGCUUCCAAUAGCCUAUUCAAGUAAUUGCCUAAGCCACACACAGUCUAAUACUCAGAAUUUUUAGGCCAGAAAUACGAAUCGACCUAUAUCGUCCGUUAAAAUUUCCACAAUUAUUCAACAAGAAAUAAAAUAAAUCUGUUACUUUUUCCU